GCGCAGUAAAGGGAAACGAGGACUUAGUCUGUUACACAACUGACUGUGCUGUUUGAGGGGGCUGCGUUCUCCCGUCGGCCUCAAGACUUUGCCUGCUCCCCAAGCUCUCUUGCGAGGCUUACCCCUUCCCGCCCCCGCCCUGCUUUACAGGCAUGAGUGGGGAUCAGCUGCACAACGACUCCCAGAUCGAUCCAGAUUUCCGAGCGAAUGAUUCUCACAAACAUAAAGAUAAACACAAAGACCGGGAACACAGACACAAAGAGCACAAGAAGGACAAAGAGAAAGAUCGAGAGAAAUCCAAGCACAGUAACAGUGAGCACAAAGAUUCCUCGGAGAAGAAACACAAAGAGAAGGAGAAAACCAAACACAAAGAUGGCAGUUCAGAGAAACACGACAAACACAAAGACAAACACAAAGAUAGAGACAAGGAGAAACGAAAGGAAGAAAAGAGUAAAUCAUCUGGUGAAGUGAAAAUAAAGAAGGAAAAAGAAAAUGGCUUCUCCAGCCCACCUCGUAUUAAGGAAGAAAUGGAUGACGAUGGCUACUACAAAGAAGACUAUAAGCCGCUAAAGAGACCCCGAGAGGAUGAUGAUGUCGACUACAAACCCAAGAAGAUCAAAACUGAAGAUAUAAAAAAAUCAAAGAAGCGGAAACAGGAAGAAGAGGAGGAUAUCAAACCCAAGAAAAUAAAGAGCAAAGAUAAGAAGCCUCCUGAAGGAGACAUGAAGAAGAAGAAAACAAAAAAAGAAGAGGAGCAGAAAUGGAAAUGGUGGGAGGAAGAGCGCUAUCCUGAAGGUAUUAAGUGGAAAUUCUUGGAACACAAAGGCCCUGUGUUUGCACCACCGUAUGAACCUGUGCCUGAAAAUGUCAAAUUCUACUAUGAUGGUAAAGUUAUGAAGCUCAGUCCCAAAGCAGAAGAAGUAGCAACGUUCUUUGCAAAAAUGCUUGAUCACGAAUACACUACAAAGGACAUCUUCAGGAAAAACUUCUUCAAAGACUGGAGAAAGGAAAUGACCCAUGAAGAAAAGAGUACCAUCACCAGCCUCAGCAAGUGUGACUUUAACCAUAUGAGUCAGUAUUUCAAAGCCCAGUCAGAAGCCAGAAAACAGAUGACCAAGGAGGAAAAACAGAAAAUUAAAGAGGAGAACGAGCGGUUAUUAAAAGAAUAUGGCUAUUGUAUCAUGGAUAACCAUAAGGAAAGAAUUGCCAACUUUAAGAUUGAGCCUCCGGGUCUCUUCAGAGGGCGUGGAAACCAUCCCAAAAUGGGCAUGCUGAAGAGGCGGAUAAUGCCAGAAGACAUCAUCAUCAAUUGUAGCAAAGAUUCAAAAGUUCCUCCCCCUCCCCCUGGACAUAAAUGGAAAGAAGUCCGGCAUGAUAACAAGGUGACCUGGUUGGUGUCAUGGACAGAGAACAUCCAAGGAUCUAUUAAGUACAUCAUGUUGAAUCCCAGUUCUAGAAUCAAGGGUGAGAAGGACUGGCAGAAAUAUGAGACUGCUCGGAGACUGAAGAAAUGUGUAGAUAAGAUUCGAAAUAAUUAUCGAGAAGACUGGAAGUCCAAAGAGAUGAAAGUGCGGCAGAGGGCAGUUGCGCUGUAUUUCAUUGACAAACUUGCUCUGAGAGCUGGUAAUGAGAAAGAGGAAGGGGAGACGGCUGACACAGUGGGCUGCUGCUCCCUCCGUGUAGAACAUAUUAAUUUGCAUCCGGAGUUGGAUGGCCAGGAAUACGUGGUAGAAUUUGACUUCCUUGGAAAGGAUUCCAUACGAUACUACAACAAAGUCCCCGUUGAGAAAAGGGUUUUUAAGAAUCUUCAGUUGUUCAUGGAAAACAAACAGCCUGAAGAUGACCUCUUUGAUAGACUUAAUACUAGCAUCUUAAAUAAGCAUCUUCAAGACCUUAUGGAAGGACUUACAGCCAAGGUAUUUCGAACAUAUAAUGCCUCCAUUACGCUACAGCAGCAGCUAAAGGAGCUCACAACUGCGGAUGAUAAUGUCCCAGCAAAGAUCCUGUCUUAUAACCGUGCCAAUAGAGCUGUUGCUAUUCUCUGCAACCACCAGAGGGCGCCUCCAAAGACCUUUGAGAAAUCCAUGAUGAAUUUACAGAGCAAGAUUGAUGCCAAGAAGGAACAGCUGGCUGAUGCCAAAAGAGAACUGAAAAGCGCCAAAGCCGAUGCCAAGGUCCGGAGGGAUGAGAAAUCUAAAAAGACCGUAGAAAGUAAGAAGAAAGCAGUACAAAGGGUUGCAGAACAGCUGAUGAAAUUGGAGGUCCAAGCUACAGACCGGGAGGAAAACAAGCAGAUUGCCUUGGGGACCUCCAAACUAAAUUAUCUGGAUCCUAGGAUUUCUGUUGCCUGGUGCAAGAAAUUUGGAAUACCUAUAGAGAAGAUCUAUAACAAAACCCAACGGGAGAAAUUUGCCUGGGCAAUUGACAUGGCAGAUGAAGACUUUGAAUUCUAACCUGAUUUUAAUGGGCUGAAUCUUAUGAAUGAGAAGGGGAAUAGCCUGGUUUUAGGGAGAUUGAUAAAACUGUGAGCCUUACUUGUCCUUUAUAUUUGGGGGAGGGGAGGGGGGUGUCGGGAGGGGAAAGCGAGUGUCUGAUGAAAUACCCAACAUCUUUGAGAAAAGAUAGGCCUGGAAAUAUUAUAGAGUUGCUGAGCCAGUUGUCCUAUGGACAACUUAUUUAAACCUGUUUCAGAAACCCAAAUUCUAGCUGUAUGGUUUGUGUUUUUGUCUCUGGAGGGGAAGGACAAGUGGAUGGGGGAAUUUGUUAACCUUCUGCCAGGCAAAUUCACCAUUACACUGAGGAGCUUGGAAAUCAUUAGCUACUGUAUACAGAAUCCAAUGAGAUAUUGGUGUGUUUUUACAGUUAGGGUUUUGCAAUAACUUCUAUAUUUUAAUAGAAAAUGGAUUCCCUUAAUUUCCCGCCCCGUCUCCCUCAAUUAAUUUAACACAACUGAAGCCCUCUCAGCACACUGGCUCUGGCCACAACAGUCAUCAUGGAAACACCCAGUUGUUUUCAUUUUUACUUGCCACCAUCAUGGUAUUGAAAACCUAUAAUAAAAAUACAACAUCUCUUCAAAGCAAAGCAUGAUGGGAAGAUCCUUCCUGACUUGAGUGUUAUUUUCUUUUCUUUCUUUUUUUGUUAAUGUGAAUUUUUACUACUUUUAAUUAUUUUAAAAUAUUUAAGCUUUUUUUUCUUCUUGAUCUUAAAGAUCAUGUAGAUUUGCAGGGGGUAGGAAGGAAUGGGCUGGGGAGGGUUGAUGCAUUAUGAGUACAAAUAAAUUGGUAACAAAAUGUUUUCCCAUCAUACUUUGUUCUGAGUACAUAAUAUAUAUAUAUAUAUAGAUAUAUAUAUAUCAGGAAUAUCCACAUUUGUGGGUUUUGUUUUGCUUUUUUUGGCAGGGUUGUUUUUCUUUUCUCCCUCCUUUUUUAAAAAAAAGAAAACUCCACCCUCCUCUCUUUUACUUGAAAGAUUUUAUUGUGUAAAAAGAACUUUCACAGGUCAAAAAAAUUUUGAGGGAAGCGAGCUUUGGUCCAAAAAAAAAAAAAAAGGAAAAAUAAUCAAGAUCUUAGGUCUUUUUAUUUUUUUUCUUUUGUAAUUGUGUACAAAAACUUUAAAAAAAAUUAAAGCAGAAUUUUAAUGUGAAACCUUUUUUGCUAUAAUCCAUUAGUUUUAGAGGCAUUGUUAGCUUAGUGUGGUGCAAAAACAAGUUUCCCGCAGUCUUUCCUCAACAAGUAUCUUCUAUUUUUAUCAUGAAUCCCCUUUUAAUCAACUGUAGGUUAUUUAAAAUAAAUUCCUACAACUUAACGCAAUGCCAGCAUCUGUGUGUUCUUGUACCCAGAGAGCUGAAUGGCUGGCUGCAGGCCAAUAGCUGUCAGGAGAUGCUUUGGGGAAGGAUGUGGGGUGUGGAGGCGCUCUAGGAUGAAAUGCCCAAGGAACUGUGGACCAGAGGCACAGUCAAGAUUCCAUGUGGCCUUCUACACCAUAGACAUUGGCAGCCAAAUAGUAGAUUGCCAGUUCUCUGGGUAUUUUUGUACAGUGCCUUGCAUGUUGUAUCCUACAUAUAUAUCAAGUUAUCUAGGGGCAGCCUGGUUCUGAAGAUUUCCCUCUAGCUCCAAUCCACAGCCAGAACAAUUUUUUCAUGGCUGGUUCUUGGCACUCUUCUCUAGAAGCAAACAAGGACAAUUGUUUAGGAAGGAAGCGCUGUAUUCUUCAAGAUGACUAUAGCUAUACUUUUUAUAGAGAUCAGACCAUUUGCUUUCUUGACUUGGAGAGCCUCAGAAUACUGCAUCUUCCAUGUGUCUUGCUUUCAAGAGUUUGGAGAGCUAAGGCAUUCUCCAACAUGAACUCAUCGCUAGUCAACCUGCUUUGACAGAGUUGACUGGUAUGUCAUCUUGUGCCUUUGUACAAAAGACAGGACACAUGUUCACUUUUCUUAAAUUGGCACUUAUGGCCUGCAUCAAGAAUUGGGUAUGCUUGAAACCACAAGAAAUUGGAGCCUCAAAACCACCAAUAUUCAAAGGUAUGGAUAAUUGGAAACACUAGCCAUACACAUCUAACCACAUAUAACUGUCAGAUCUUGGGUAGCACUCAAUUUGCUGUAUUACAGGUGCUAAUCUGCAUUCUAGGACCAUUGACCUUGCUGCUGUUUGGCACUGCCACUCCAAAUGAAUCAGGCAUGACAGCAGCCCCUAGGGCCUUUUUAAAUCCCCGUUUGAGGUUGGUUUAUCUUAAAUUUGCACAUUCAAACCAGAUACUGAAAUGAAUGUUUCAGAAUCACAGGUAAUGUAAACAGGUAAAGGUAAGGAGACUCGUGUGUAUUCUGUAUACCUGCCUCACCUUCCUACAAAUUCCAUUUACAUAGCAAGAAAAUACUGGCCCUGUGAACAGAAUAAAUUUUUUAUACAAGUGUUUUUA